AACUUUCCAAAUCUAACUGCUCUCAACAUGCCAGAUCCAGCUUCAUAUUUAAUGUCCUGUUCAGUGAAUUGUAACACAGAGAUGUCUCAAAGCAUCAAGACUGAGAAUAGUCAGUCAGUCACCACAGACCUCGUUCACAUCGCUGUGGCUCACAUGGCAGAGAGAUCCAGUUCACUUGACCAGAAUGAAAAUGGACACUUGUUUAGUUCAAAUAGACAGAGUUUUCCAGAAGGUCUUUUGGCUCCUCAAGAGCUCUGUUCAGGUGAGAAAGUAUUCCUCCCUGUCCUGCCUCUAAACCAUUUUUCCCAGAGCGAGCGCCUUCAGGCGCACGAAAGUCUUCAUGCCAACAAGCCACACUGUUGCGUCUACUGUGGAAAAUCGUUUGCUCAAGUGGGCCACUUGAAGGUUCACAUGCUUAGCCACCAGGGUAAGAAGCCCCUGAGCUGCUCCCAGUGCAACAAAACCUUCGUUCACAACUUUGAGCUGAAGGACCACUACCAGCGGCAGCAUUCGGGCGAGAGACCACACGUCUGCCAUGUGUGUGGCAAAGGCUUCACCAGGCUGAGCAACUUCAAGCAACACCAGAACAUCCACACGCGGGAGAAACUCUUCAACUGCACCCACUGCGGCAUGAGGUUCAAUAGAUCCACGCACCUGAGAAUCCAUCUCAGGAGGCACAGCCGAGUGGGAAAGAGUUGCCACUGCCGCCAGUGUGGGAAGACCUUUGUGUGCCUGAAGCAACUGAAGGGCCAUCUGCUCAAAGUACAUGGAACAGUCAUGAAUUGAAUGGCAAAUUCCAGUCAACGCUUCUCAGUUUACAUAAUCUGAAUAUUAUUAAUCUCAACUCAUUUAAAAUAGAUUUUCUGCCUGAAUUUAGAUGCCCAAAAAGAGGACAUACAAGAUAAAACAGAAUGACACAUCAUAUGUCUGUGACCAGUGAAAUGUUCCCCAAAUGUGCUCUUUUUUGUGAUUCCUUAUAUGAUUUCACAGCACUAGAGGAUAAAGCGUAAAUUUAAAUUUUGAAAAAAGUAUUUUUAACUUGAGCUGUUAAUAUAAUUGUUAAUUUGGUGUAUUCUCUAUCUGCUGAUACUCGGUUGUCUUGUAGGUUAAUUUCUUAAUGCUGUUCACAAGUUUGGAAUAACCUGACUUUCUAUUUUACGCAACACAAUAUUUUAUUUACUAAAAAUAUAUAUAGUGUAGCUCUAAAUAAUAAAUCAGCCGCCAAAAGGUAAUUUUCUUCAUUAUUUAAAAUAUUUUGGGAGAAAUAUAAAUAAUAUACUGAAAUCACCCAUGUAUAGUUAUUGAAACUGAAAGUGGGCAUCUUCAGAAUUACCCACAGAAUUGCACAAAAGCAUUCUGGAUAUCAGUUUUAUUAUAGCAUCAUUCUUGAUGUUAUACAGAUUUCUAGGUCAUGCAAUUACAUACACAAAAUCACACUGGGAUUGUUGUAUAUGCGUAUUUGCUACAAAAUGGAGGUUAUAUAUUUGCGAACAUUCAUUCCAAACUUUUGAACAGAAGUGCUUGUAAGUUCCAAGUUCCAAAGUCAGUUUUUUUUUAUUUAUUUAUUUUUUUAAAAAAUUUGUUUGUUUUUAAAACACUCUAAAUUACAUGUAUAUUGAUUAAAGUGAGUGCAAAACAAGCCUACUGUGGGAGAUGUGGAAAUCACACUCAAUUCUAGGAUAAAUAAUGAUAUUGCUCUGAUCUACUGAAGAUGACAUCACUCACUGCUGUUCAGCAGCCAGCAAUAGAAUGAAAAUAUCACAACAGAAACUGAGAAUCACUGCAGUUAAAUUUAAUCCAAGAAAAAGGUUAAUUGAGAAUCAUCUAAGGCUGUACCUGGAGAUCUACUAUUGCAGAGUUUUCUUCCAUUUAAUCUCAUAAUAAUUUAGCAUAGCAUGUUAGAUUAGUGUUUUUACUAAGAUCUAGUGAGGCUGAUAUCCAGGGACAUAGCUGGGAAUCCCUAGCUAGCUUUGAAUAUUUGAUUACUGCCAAAUCCAGCCUUUUGUUCAGUGGUACCAAAAAUACACUUUUUAUACUGAUCAAACAUGGGAUCUUUCUUUCAUGCUUCAUACAGAGGCAGUACAGAGUUUGCCAAUAAACAGUUUUAGCAGUGCAUAAUUACUUCACUUGAUGUCAAUAGAGACUGGCUGGCAUGAUAUAUACAUGAUGAUUAAAGUUUAAUGGAGAUGAACUAAAAGCAACGGGGGUUCUAAUAUUCCCGUAUUGUUUUGAUGAGGCACGUAUUACUAAUAUGAAAUGGUCUCAUUCAAUGUUCAUCAUUACAGUAAUGAUGGAAUGACAUCUACGUGACCGUCUAGACACCACUCAGUGUGCGGUGGAGAUGACAAGCGACAGUAAUAAAGCCUCCUUGUCAUUAAAGCAAAUUCAUCAGUGUUAAGUGCUGAGCCUGAACAGUAGGAGGCGCUUCUGCACCACCAAGCACUGGUGCUUUCAUUCCGUCAGUUAAACUGGUCAGGUUUCUAUUUGAAACUUUUAUUUUUGCCUCAUGUUCACCAGCUCACUGAAUGACUGACCUUCAUGCAUUUAUAAAUAAAACAAUUUUUUUCUUAAUCUUUGAUCUGCCUUCUGUCUUGUCCAUUCUGUUAGAGGCACAGGAACACAGUUCAAGAACAUUUCAUGUGUGAUUAGUACGCAACAUUUUCUGGACUUUUAUAUAUAGGGACAACGUGUCAGUCUUUUCUUCUGAGAUAACUUUAAGAGUUUUUAUGCAGUUUGAUGACACAAAGAUUAAACAUUUAAAAACUCAAAACUCUUCUCAGGAUGUAUCUUCUGGAUGUAUCAAAAAGAAGCCUGAGUACUGA